UCUGUGUUGUGCUGAGGCUGAGCUGAAUGAGAUUGAAGAAGAGUUCUUCUUGUUUUGUAGCUUCAGUUUCUCUCUUUUUACACAUUUUUUACUGAAACUACAUCUAAAAUAUAACAACUAAUUCUAGCUCCGCGGAAAGGACGCGGCCGGACUAUUUGUGUGAUCUUAUUCCAUCGCGGAUCGGCUUCUAAUAGAUAUAUAUUUAAUUAAUCUGGAGGAAGACUGCUGCUGAGUUGAGUCGCACCGCUGCUCUGUGACUGUGUGCGCUUGUUGUGCUUUACAGGGCAGCGCAGAGGGGUGGAGUCCAGUUCCACAGCCAAGUGCGGCAGUUUCAUGCUUCAGUUGGAUGGUUUUCCUACUGGAGACGGUGUUCAGGCUGAUCGAUCGGCUGGCAGACUGACUGGAUCCAUGAUGGAAUUACAGACGUUACAGGAGGCUCUGAAGGUGGAGAUCCAGAUCCAUCAGAAACUGGUUGCUCAGAUGAAACAGGACCCUCAGAACGCAGAUCUGAAGAAGCAGCUGCACGAACUUCAGGCUAAGAUCACCGCGCUCAGUGAGAAGCAGAAAAAGGUGGUGGAGCAGCUCAGAAAGGAGCUCCUGGUGAAGCAGGAACCUGAGGCCAAGCUGCAGUUGCAGGUCCAGGCCCCUCCAGUAGGGGGUGAGAUGAAGCCGGUGAACCUGCUGCAGAGCCAGCAGAUAACUGGAGGACUGCAGCAGACGCUGACGGUCACGCCGGUUCUCACCACCAAGACUAUACCUCUGGUGCUGAAAGCCGCUGCCACGCCUGCCCUGCCUGCUUCAGUCCUGCCACAGCGCCCUCCCACUGUAGCUAUGGUAACCACAGCUAUCACCAAACCUGACUCGCAGAAUGCCCCCAUUAAUCUGCAGGUGACCAGCAAGCUGACCAACCAGGGAUCAGAACCCGUACGGCUGGUGUCCAAGAACGCCGUGGUGGUGCAGGCCACCACCACCGGCCAGCCAAUCAAAGUUCCUCAGUUUGUCCCUCCUCCUAGACUGACGCCUCGACCCACCUUUCAGCCACAGGUCAGACCCAAACUGGCCACACCCACUAAUGUCCCCAUCGCUCCGGCACCUCCACCACCCAUGAUGGCAGCACCCCAGCUUCUGCAGAGGCCUGUCAUGUUAGCCACCAAGCUUUCGACUUCGCUGCCUUCAGCCACCCCCAUCCACCAGGUGCGCAUCGUCAAUGGACAGCCAUGCAGCAAGACCGGCACCGCCCCUCUGACGGGUAUCGUCAUAACCACGCCGGUCUCUGCCGCUCCAACUCGCCUCGCCAGCCCUGCCCAGGCACCCAACAACGCUGCCCAGAUUCCUGUCUCGCCCCCUGCGCCACCCAUCCAGAUUAGCAGCCUGAACAUUGAGCCCAAGACUGUUAAAUCAGGAGGAGCCGAGCAAAAGGUGGUGGUCAGCCUCCCUUCCUCCUCCACCCCUCCGCUGUCUCCACCUCCCAAACCCAAAAAAGAGGAGAAACCAGAGAAACUCGCCUUCAUGGUGUCCUUGGGUCUCGUCACACACGACCACUUGGAAGAGAUCCAGAGCAAACGGCAGGAGAGGAAGAGGAGAACCACCGCCAACCCAGUGUACAGCGGUGCCGUGUUUGAGCCUGAGAGGAAAAAGAGCGCAGUGAGUUACCUGAACAGCCCCCUGCACCAGGGAACCAGAAAGAGAGGUCGCCCACCCAAAUACAGCAGCGUCCUGGAGCUGGGCAGCCUCACCCCGACCUCCCCCUCCAGCCCCAUCCGUCCCCUCCCCCUGCCCAGCCCCAGCUCUGGGGAUGGAGACAUCCAUGAGGAUUUCUGCACUGUGUGCAGACGCAGUGGCCAGUUGCUCAUGUGCGACACGUGUUCUCGUGUUUAUCACCUGGACUGCCUGGAUCCACCCCUGAAAACCAUUCCUAAAGGCAUGUGGAUCUGUCCAAAAUGUCAAGAUCAGAUCCUGAAGAAAGAAGAAGCCAUUCCCUGGCCCGGCACCCUGGCUAUUGUCCAUUCCUACAUCGCUUACAAAGAAGCUAAAGAGGAGGAGAAGCAGAAGCUGAUGAGGUGGAGUUCAGAGCUGAAGCUUGAGCGAGAACAUUUGGAACAGAGAGUGAAGCAGCUCAGCAACUCCAUAACGAAAUGCAUGGAGACAAAAAACACCAUCCUGGCCCGUCAGAAGGAAAUGCAGCUUUCCCUCGACAAAGUGAAGCACCUGAUUCGCCUCAUUCAAGCCUUCAAUUUUAAUCAGACUCUGGCAGAGACAGACGGAAAGGACGCCAGAGUCCAGGAGGCAGCUCCACCAGCUGUGGUCACUUCUGAACCUGCUGCACCUGAGGCCAACUCUGUGGAGAAUGCAGGAGGGCACUCCUUUUGCAGCACACAGGAGAAGCACCAGACAGCAGGAGCAGCAGGUAGUGCAGACAGACAGCUGGACAGCUUGGUCCCAACAGCAGAGAACUGUCCCAUUGCGGGAGCAGGGGGUAAGCUGGGAAAUGGGUCAGGAGUCAGGGGUCACACAGAGGCUGGGCCCAGCCCAGAAACUGAUGCUGCUCCGGUGGGUGAUGUCACUGCAACAGUUGCCACCACUAACGGUUUGGCUGAGCCCAGCUGCCCUGACCACAGCCCCGCUGGAGUCUGCACCGCCAACGCCGCCACCAACUCGGAGAAUAAGAUAGUUACCAUGAACCCCCCAGAAACGGCGGAGAAGAAACAGGAAGAGGUCGCCACCAGCGACGGUAGCGGCAACAACAACAGCAAAACCUCAGAACCCUCCCAGCAUCCUUUGCCAGCUCUCGUCAGCAGUUUGGACAAUAAAAAGUAACGCUGCGUCUUCAGUCGCAGGAAUUCAAGCAUAUAUAUAUAUAAAAAAAAAAAAACUUUUGCUUGCAUCUCACGGUGCCCUGAAGUUGCCAAUCUGUAUAAAUGUUGUUUGUUUGCAUUGUAUUGUCAGACUGUGUCAAUGGUAGAUAUACAGCCGGAGUCACGUGACUCUGGAAAGACGCCGGCCAACCCACCCGUAGAGACGGGCUCCAGGAAGCCGUGCGCACCAGUGUCAUCAUGCCAAUUAGUAAUAGAAAUCAUGGUGGGAAUACUCAAAGGGAGUUCAAUCCAUCAUCACACCGGUGUGUGCCUGUUACAGUGGCCCCUGUGUUCUCUUGUGGGGUGGGGAGUCGUUCCCAUGGGUGCAAAGAUGAGCAAGAACAUGGAACCAAACAUCUGUCAGGGGUAACUGGUCCAAGAAGCAGUGUUGUGAUAGUUUGUGUUCUGAAACGUCGACCUGUUUGUUCUCUCGUUCCUUUCAACCUGAUCUGGAUCAUCCUCUGCAGUCCUCCGGCCUUGGCUCUACCUUACCCGAUGUUUCGUCAUCGUGGUUUUAACCAAACGAAAAAUUUCUAGUACAAAAAGGUUCAGUGUGCUUCAAACUUUUAGAGUGUAAAAGAGAAGGUGUCAUCGGCGUAUGGUCGAAGCUCGAGUCAAGCUUUCGUUAGAGUUUAGUAGUACAGUCUAGUUUGGUUUGAUACAGUAUGGGUGGUAAUUUGCUACGAAACAAUCGCCUCAUGUCAUCACUCUUUUUGCCCUCAUCACCCCAGCUGAACUGUGAAUUUUGAGACCAGCUGUGAUCCAAAGUCCAAACAGUCCCAACAAAGAUCCUGUGUGUACCAAGUCCUUCAAAAGGAUGACACUAGUGUCGCACAUUUCCAUCAACCAUCGCUUCUGCUUCAUGUCAGGUCAGCUGAAGUAUUGCAGAAUUCUUUUCUGUGUACUCGUGAAGCUCAUUUGAAGCAUACUGAUCCAGAACUCUGAGUACUCUGAGUCUCGCAAACAUUCCCCGCCUCGCCGGCAACGGCGAGUUCAGGCCGUGUGGACCUCAAAGGUUGUUCUCAGCAGGCACGAGGCCAAACAGGCGCAGUAGCCUACAGAUGUUCUCAGUGGUGUCGGUCAAGUGUAGUGAUUGAGUUUUCAUUCGUGAGUCAAGUGUGUCAACUGUGAGCACUAAAUGUGAAACUGCAAUAUUGCAACGUCAACACACACACACACACUAUAUCUGGGCUGUGUUUCUUUUUAUAGGAAAAGAUAUUCAGGUCUUCCUCGUCUUCAGAAUAAGUGCUUUCUGUUCCUGAACCUGCUGGACUGGCAUCAUCAACACAAAGAAGUGGGGAUCUUUGCAUUUUGUGCGUUUCUCUCAAAUCCUGAACUGCCAAAAUGAUGUUGCAUCCAAAUUCAGCAGGGACAAGUCUACUUACUGUCUUGAAAGAACAAACUGCUGGCAUUUUUAUAUGAAGAUGCCUCCUUUUUAAAAUUGGAAGUCCCCAUGUAGAGAUAGAACUUAUCAAACAAUAACUGACAGGAUGUGUUUCUGUCCCGAAGCAGAGCGACUUGUGGUGUGAACCUUCGGAUGGACAAAAACACAACUCCUGAGAAUAAAGCACAAGCUUGCUGCAUUACAAAGAAGUGCUGAAGAGCUUUUUGUACAUGGAAUUAAACAGAGUAUGCAUCUCUUUGUUGUGAUGUGACUUAUCCCCACAUGCCAAUAUUUUUCUAGGAGGAAAUACUGACCUCUGUCUGACACCAAGGCUCAAAUCAUGGAGAUGUUUUUGAUGAGUUGCUCAGCAUUAUCCCCUGCAUGUGGGCGGAGCUGGGAUGCUGGGAUUUGUGGUGGUGGUGGUCAGUCGGGUGUGUCUUUGUGCGUUGAACUGAUCAUGACUUUGGGCUUCUUGUUGGGUUUGAGGCAAUAACAUAUUCUGGUCUGCUCAUAGAUGGUGCCUCUGGCUGUGCUGGAAUCUCUUUUUCAUUUUUGCUUGAAAUUUGGUUUCUGCACAUUGUGUCCCACCCUGGUUUUUGAUCAACUCAGACUCAGGAAGAACGUCUGUCGUGUCUUUUGGCGUCACCAUCUGGCCGAGGUUUGAGAGUGUAAUCCUGACAGAGGAUGUGAUGUUCUGAAAUUCGGAGUGAACAUAAUGUUGGGGUCUGCAGAGAGCUGUUUGUGUCAUGGAGGCUCCUGUAUAUAGAAGCCUUCAUGUCUGACUUCUGGUUACUCACCACAGCCGUGAAAACUGCCCACUUUCAGAAGAUCCCAGAGCAUCUCUUGUUUGGCUUCAGUGUUGCGGUUUUAUUUAUUUAUUUUUUUGGGAUAAAUGUGGUCUGUAUAGUUUGAGCCCCAGACAAAGAGCCAGAGGAGAAACUCCAAACGUGUCCCCACCUCUGUUUGCCUACCCGCCGUUGUGUCCUGUUGUGUGUCUGUCCUCGGGUGUGUGUCCUUCAGAACGGUCAUCCAGUCUUUUUCAUUCGUGUUCCAGGUAGACUGGAGCUCUCCCUCUGUACAGUAGGUACCUCGAGUGCCUUUCUUCAAACAGCAGAUAAUAUUUGUCUCUUGACUUGCACUGUGACUCGUAAAACCUUAUUUACCCUUUGGAUUUCCCUCCUUCCACCCACCCUGCUCUCCCCCAGACUCCAGACGCGGUCACAUCGCUUCAGGCUGCCAACAGUAGAUGCAAGUUGAAAACGACAUUUCAUACCGAACUGACCACAUAGUGUUUUGUUGUCGAUUCUAGAGGUUGCCUUAAAUGUGUUUUAUUUUCUGUUGAUUUUCUGCUGAAACUUUAUGGGAGGAAAGUCACCGACUUCUCUUGGAUCUGUUUUACGAUGCACUUUUAGUUUGACCAGUAUUAUUGUCAGAGUGAGAGCAGUGUUUUUCAGUGGUCACAGUCAUUUAAAAAAAAAAAAAAACAUCACCCCCCACCCCACCCCCAAAGGUGGUGGAGCUUGCCCAGUCAGGUCAUUGAGCCAGAGCCUGGGUGCAUUUUUGAUCAACAAACUUUGACCGAGUUAGCGCCAUCUGUCGGCUAAGUAUGGCGCCUUACAUGCCUUCUUAUGCAAGUUUUUAUAUGAGUUUUGUUUUAAUAUGCAUAUUUUUUUCUUGUUUUCUAUGUUACUUUUCUUAGUUCCUGCAUCCUAAUAUUAAAUGUGUGCAGUUCAGCCAUUCCAGAGGAAAUGUCUUUUUGUUCUUUUAAAAGUUUGGGUUUUAAAAACCCAUCUUGCCCUGCAGAAGUUUCUGUGUUAUCCACAAGAACCACAUGGCGCAGGGCGAUUGAUGGCGUCGUCUUUAGUUGCUUGAAGUAAUGUUGGUUCCUGUGUAUGUUCCUGCAGAAAUGCAUGAAAGGGGGUGAGUGGGGACGGGAAGAGGCCCAUGCAAGUUAAUUUAUAUCCUCGCUGAAGUUAAUUUAUCCAAAGAGAUGUGGAUUUGUUUUUGAAGCCUUUUCUGCAUAUCAUUUGAACAAGUGUGGUCGUACACCUGAAAAGCGUUGUAUCCCGGGGGCUCUGCCAUGCAUCAAACAGUAGGCUCCGUGCCACCCUGGGGUCCCUGUGAGGCUGUUUUCUCCAACUCCACCCUUCUAUUCGUCAGAGAUCGAGUCAUGAUUGUGGCCUUCUAGUAUUCUGUCGAUUCAUGACAUCAUUAUUCUGUUCCCACCCAGCUGCCCUCUGUCAUCUAUCCAUCCUCCAUCCUGUCCUGACCCAAAGGUACACCUGCAGCUUCUUACCUCAUCCACAGCUGAUUCCAUUGGGCGUGUGUUGAGUGCAAAAACAACAACAACAACAAUAACGAUUAAAAUAAAAAAAGAACUAAAAAAUUAAAUUAAUAAAAAAAUGAAAAGAAAUCUUUUUUAUCUUCCAUUUGGUGAGAUGCAUUGUAGCGAUACGAAUAAAGAAAAAGUUCACCUGGUGUGCUGAAUAAUGUGUAAAUUGGUACACAAUCUGAAUAUUUGUAUAAUUGUUUGUAUUUUUUCAUAAUGAUUUUGGAAAGGAAUGUGUUUAUUUUUUUGACUUCUGUUCCAGAUGUGUCUUCUGUUGGCCUGACAUUGUGACUGGUCUGGUGGGAUUCUUACCUCUGUAUUGAGCCUCUUCUGUGAUGAAUUCUUUGUAUGCAGUGUUUAGGAAAUACUGUAGGGAUCAUGGGGAAGAGUUGAUAUUAGGAGCAUUUGAUCAAUUUGUAUUUAUUUAUUUUAUCAUUUUGUUAAUAAAUUGUGAAAAGCA